AUGGUGCCUAUUUCUGUUGUCACGAAGGAUGCACAGUUAGACUUUUUUAUAAAGAAAGGUACUCAUGGGAGAGAGCUCUUUUCACAGGUUUGCACAGCUCUUGGUAUUAGAGAAAUGUGGUAUUUUGGUUUGCAAUAUGUUGAUCCUAAAAAGGGAGUCACUUGGGUAAAAACUGACGAUAAGGCACCCGUACGUCCUAAAAAGAAGGAUGGUCCAAUGCAAUUUUUCUUCAAAGUGAAGUAUUAUCCAGAGGACCUAUCAGUUGAACUAAUUGAAGAGAUUACUCGUUUGCACUUUUACUAUGAAACUAAAGACGACAUUGUCAGUGGAAAAUGUUACUGUCCAGCAGAAACUGCUGUUUUGUUGGCUUCAUUCCAAGCUCUUAUUCGAAGUGAGAAAAAUGGUCCACCUACUGUCGCUAAAGGGUCUUUGAAAAUUUCUAGAUACCUUCCAAAGAAUGUACUUGAACAGUACAAUCUGUCUGACGAAGAAUGGGAAGCCAAAAUAUUAAACUGUCUCCUAUCACACGGAAAUAUGUCCAAGGACGAUGCAAUAAGUCAAUAUUUAAGGAUUGCUCAAGAUCUAGAAAUGUUUGGAGUCACAUAUUUCGAAAUAACAAAUGCAAAACAGACAAGUUUGUGGCUUGGUAUUACUGCUUCAGGAUUGAAUGUUUAUGAAUAUGAAAACCAAUUAACACCAAAGGUUACCUUUCCAUGGAAUGAAACUCAAAAGUUAUCCUAUUCUGGCACCAGAUUUUCCGUUAAACCUGUUGAAGCUUCGGGAAAAGCUCUCGAAUUCUUCACGAAAAGUGUUUAUGAAUCUAAGCUUAUAUUAAAAUUAUCCGCAGGCAACCAUAAAUUGUAUGCCAUCCGACGUCAACCUGAUUCGAUUGAAGUACAGCAGAUGAAAGUUAAAGCUAAAGAACGACAGAAUAUGCGUGAUGCUGAAAGGGAAAAGCUUCGUGCUGAGCAAGAAGCGAGGGAAGUAAUGGAAAAACGACUACGAGAUAUGGAACGUUUAAUGCACGAAAAUGAAGAAGCAUUUGCACGUACCCAAACAGUUUUAGAACAAUAUGAAUCCAAAGUUAAUGAAUUGAAUGCACAACUUGAUGAAGAAAGACAUGCACGACAACAACUUGAAAGCCUACAGCGUUACCUGGAAGAAACAAACCACAAAUUAGAAAUUGAAACCAUGCAGUCACUGGAAGAUCGUCAACGUCUAGCAGAGGAACGCGAUAAAAUCACUGCUCAGAUUUAUGAGCAAACUCAACUCCUCCAACAGCGAGAAGAGGAAAAGCUCCAAUUCGAGGCUGAACUUGCUCGCAUUCGAGCUAUGCAUGAAGCAGAAGUGGAACGCUACUCUGGAGGGAAACGAGAGUCUGACGAACGCGAACUGGAGGCAGUUAAUAAUGUUGAUGAGGAAUUACGUCAAUCCAAACAAGACACUGAUGAAGAUCAUGCUACACGCCUUAAAUUAUUACGGCAAGAUCUAAUUUCUGCUCGAAAUGUAAACAAGAUGCAAGCAAUCGACAUCCAAUAUGAGGAUAGCGUAAACAAAGGUAUGGAUAAAUAUCGUACGCUGAGAGCUAUUCGUGAGGGGAAUACAAAAAAGCGAGUUGAUCAGUUCGAAUCUAUGUAG